AUCUUGGAAAGAUUGAUCCAAAUUAGAUAUUUUAAAAAUGAAUUGUCCUUCUAUGAUAAACAACACACAACUUUUUUUACAGUCUUUAAUUGCAUCUCAGUCUAUAUUAAUGAAUGUAAUAGGUUAAGAAAAUUGGUUUGGUCUUCCAAAGCCAUGUUCUCUCUCCAGUGCUGUCUCAGCAUCUGCAGUCCUCCCCAGUGGAUUCCAGUGCAACUGGAUUAGGACUCCUUUCCUUGUAUGCCAUGCCUGUUAGCUGAGCUAUGGAAGUAAAUUGAUAAGAAAUAAUGCAUCUGAAUUACACAGAAAUUCCAGUAUAGGUGACAGUAUCCCUACAAAUUAGUAUGUCAUAAUGAAUCCUAAUGAGCUGUGAGGCAGGAAAAAUAUAUCUAAGCUUUUCCAGGAGGAAUGAACUGGAUACCCUGAUCAAAGUACACAAUCACUUGAUUGGUGCAAGCUGAUCAUGGAGAUCCAGGCACAAAUACAGAAAACAAGGAAGAGAGAGAUCUAGUUAAUAAGUAAUUCCUCACCAUAAUGCAAGUUUGAACAACAAAUACUGUCUCCCAACAAUAAAGACAAUAUCUUGGCUGAAACACUCUCCAGCACAAAGAUAUUACUCCUUUCUCUCACCGAGAAGAAAAUGAAAAACAAGACAAGUGUUCUUCCCAGAGAAGCAGAAGCCCAACCCUCCAGGUGUCCAGAUAACACUGCAUUCAAACAGCAGAGGCUGCCAGCUUGGAAGCCCCAGCUGACCAUUGCAUCUGUGCUCUCCAGCUUCUUUCUGACAGGGGCAUUCUGCCUUACUGUGGGAGUCUGCCUUGUCCUGUCUGCAAACAGUGUCAGAGAAAUACAGGUUGAUUAUUCAGAUAAAUGCUCAGAUUUUUCAAAGCUCCGUGAAAAUUUCUCUAACUGGAAUAAGGAUACUGUCAAUUUCACGUUAAAGGAAAAUAUAUUGGGUGAUGUUUUUAUGUACUAUGGUCUGCAAAACUUCUAUCAGAACCACCGUCGAUACGUGAUACCAAGAAGUGACACACAACUGUUGGGCCGAAAUGUAAAUAUCCAGAGGAGCUGCUGCACGCCCUUCAGCACCUACAGGAGCGGGACCCCGAUGGCGCCGUGCGGGGCCGUCACCAACAGCAUCUUCAGGGGCGCGUGGGACCUUCCUCUGCCCUUGCUGAUUCCCUCUGGAAACCAUGCCCCCACCCCCGGCCAGGGCAGACCUCUAUUGCAAGAUACUAUUGAUCUGUUUUACAAUCAUAACUCAUCUGUGAUUCAAGUGCCGUUGCUGAAGAUUGGAAACAGUUGGUGGACAGAUAAAAAUGUGAAAUUUCACAAUCCUGAGUCAUACGAUCUCUAUUCUGCAUUUACAGGGACAGCCAGAGCUCCUUCCUGGCAGAAACCAGUGUAUCUGUUAGACGAGGAAGACGAGAGGAACAAUGGUUCCUUGAACGACGACUUCUUUACGUGGAUGCGGUCGGCCUUCGACACCUUCUGGAGCCUCUACCGGCGCGUCAUACGGGUUCGGCACUUCACAGAGGGCCUGCCAGCAGGGAACUCCACCUUCCACAUCUCCUGCAGUAUCCUUUCAGAUUCCCUAAGGCUCCUAGAGAGCUACAGUGCCAUGGAAGUGAAUAGGAUGUGUGUGGUCAGCUGGCAAAAAGCCGUGCAGAACACGUUCCCUGUGUCAGCAGAGCCCCCGAGGAUUUGGGCCAUGUCCUGGCUGACAGGAGCCCCCUCACAGCCAACAGGGGAGCUCUGCUGA